CCCUACAAACCCGCCCGACCUCUCUCUACUGCUCUCCCUCUCUCAUCAUCUCUCGAAUCCAAUAGGAGCCGAGUCUAGACUAGAGGGGGAAAGGGGAGAAAAGAUAGCGGAAGAGUAAUCGCCAAAAAGAUUACAAAAGUAAAAUGCAAAGAUUAUUCUGUGUUUAUUAGAAGAUUUUGUUCAAAUGUUAUAAUCAGAAGAGGGCUGAAUCUCUUCUGCUCUAAAGGAGAUGGCUUUCCGGCAACCAGAGCAGCAGCAUCAGCAGCUAGCCGCCGCCGCCGCCUCGGCAUUGGUUCUCGAUGGGCUUUACUGCGAGGAAGAUGUGUUCGAGGAAGGAGAUGGGGAGGAUCGUGGGUACGGCGUCGUGCUAGAGGCAGAUGAAGAGCAAGGGAGUGAAAUCUGUGACCAGAAUGUUGGAAAAGGAUCCCCUUUCUCUGUCGUUUUGCUCGAACAGGACCUGUUCUGGGAGGAAGGCGAGCUGAUUUCCUUGAUUUCCAAAGAGAAAGAGACCCGUUCAUCUGGUUCCCGCAGUAGCUGUUUGAUGCUUGCCCGCAGAGAAGCCAUUGAUUGGAUUUUGCGAGUAAAAGCACAUUAUGGUUUCACUGCUUUAACCUGUGUUCUUGCUGUCAAUUACUUCGAUAGGUUUCUUUCCAGCUUUACUUUCCAAACAGACAAGCCAUGGAUGGGUCAGCUUGCUGCUGUGGCUUGUUUGUCGCUGGCUGCUAAAGUGGAGGAAACUCAAGUGCCUCUUCUGUUGGACUUGCAAGUGGAGGACUCCAAGUUUGUGUUUGAACCCAAGACCAUAAAGAGAAUGGAGCUUCUCGUCCUGUCUACACUUCAGUGGAGAAUGAAUCCGGUCACCCCAAUUUCUUUCUUUGACCACAUUAUUAGGAGAUUUGGAUUAAAGACCCAUCUGCACUGGGAAUUCCUAUGGAGGUGUGAACGUUUAGUUCUUUCAGUAAUUGCUGAUUCCAGAUUCAUGAGUUAUCUCCCAUCCACAUUAGCUACUGCAAUAAUGCUGCAUGUUAUCAAGGAGGUUGAGCCAUGUAAUGAAACUGAAUACCAAAACCAGCUUAUGUCUUUGCUCAAAAUCAGUGAGGAUAAGGUGGAAGAGUGUUAUGAACUCAUCUUGGAGCUGGCAGGUUCACGAGAGAAGCAAAGUCAUAAACGCAAGCAUCCAUCAACCCCCAGCAGCCCAAGUGGUGUAAUUGAUGUCUCUUUCAGCAGUGAUAGCUCAAAUGACUCGUGGGCUGUGGCUUCUUCUGUCUCAUCAUCGCCCAUGCCUCUACACAAGAGGAGCAGAUCUCAGGAUCAACAGAUGCGAUUACCUUCACUGAAUCGUAUGUAUGUUGAAGCAAUUAGCAGUCCUCAUUAGUUUCCUUAUUGUCUUGAUGAUCAGCUAUUAAGCUUGUCCUAGUACAUUCGAGGAGAUGCAGUCUUUUCUAUUUCAUGGAUUAGAGGUAUGUUUAUUAUGGAAUUAUCUUUUGUGAACGAGUCAACUGCGGAUGAAAUAUAUAUGGUAUACACUCUCUGAUCUUGAGUGGAAUGAAGAGAUGGGUUGGUUUUUAUAUUUGCUUGAUGCUCUGCAAUUAUCUAUGUUUUUUGCUUUUUCAUUCGCCUAUGAAUUAUGCUGUUAUAAUCAAGAGAUGGGCUAAUUCAUAACCCACUCACUAUGUUGGAGAAUCAAAACCGUUCACAAGUUUGAAUAAAUGUACUGAUUGGUC